GCAACGAGAGACACUAAGGGAUAUAUAUAUCUCAGAAGGCGAAGAUCCAAAAGCGCAGUGAAUGAUGUAACCAAGAGCCAGUCCAAACACGAAGAAAUAGGAGAACUACUCAAACUAAAAACACAUCAAACAGCAGUUUCUUACAGUCUUGUGACGCAAGAAAAACAACCAUGCCGCGAAAGGUCAUCGUGAUGACAGGCGUGACCAUGUCUCUUCUCUCUCAGGGGGAGGGGAUGCAGCAGCACCAGCAUGCAUUUAUCGAUCCCGAUGGCGAGACUUCCAGCACGGAAGAAAAGCCAAGGAGCUUCGUGGAGAAAUCCUCGGGCGAUACAGUUAUGAUGAGUUGCGUGGAUGCACUGGACGCGCUGUGAUUGAGUAACAGAGACGAAACGUGGAAGAUCAGGAAGUUGUAGACAUAGUUUCGAUGUCUAAUUAUUUGCCUCGUGCGGGAUACCUAGCGCCAGCUGUAGGUAGAGAUCGAAAGAAUUGAAAUCUUCAAGCUUGUCGAUGAGGAAAUAUUUGACGGAAUGCAGCAAAUUUCUAAUUCUAAAUUGGGAAUGGGAAAGAAAAUCGCUGACGUCGAACAACGCAUUGACCAGAGUGUUGCCGGAAGGUUCUUCAAAAGCCAGAACCGCCUUCUCAGCUUCAUCGAUAAAGCUCAGUCGCAUCAUCUUACGCGCUGGCGCUUUGUAUUCAGGAGAUGAGUAGAGGAAACAGCGCGUCUUCGUGGCUGCUGGUCUGUCGGUUGGAUUUCUUCACUCUCUUUUGAGGGUGUCGGCGUAGCGCGUUUUCUCGGACCAAGAGCCCUCGACCGGGGGCGCCCAGUCUUGAGCACUCGCGCCACGCCGAGAGUGCGGGACUCGCUACUUUGAGCUGGCUCCCAGCUUGGCAGCAGUCGCCGUUCCUCCUCGGGGGGACUCUUGUGAUCCUGGAUAGGGGAGAGCUCUUCGGAGCAAAGCUGCCCUUAGCGGCGCCGCCAUUCCCAAGGGUAGCCUGCAGCCUGUGACCCCCCCCCGGGAGUGGCAGCUUGCUACCGGGUGCCAUCCGGCCCUCACGUGCUUUGUCGUUCGUGCCCGCUUUCGCAGGGAGACAAACGCAUGAAAGCCGCACGGUCCCCGGAGGGUGGCCUGUCCGUGCAGGGUCUGAGAGAGUGUCUCACUUUCUGGCCGACCUGUCUGUGCAGGGUCUAGCUGUCAGUAGAAGAGAAGCAUUAGCCGUUAACCAACUGCCAAGAGCCGCACGGCCACGGGGAGCAGCCCCACAGUGUUCAGGAGCCACAAUAGUGGCCACCGGAAAGAGAUCAACGGACCCACGUGACGCGCAGCACAGAAGUAACCAGGUCAAGAGAGCAGCAGGCCCGCCUGGCCCCAGGGUCGCACUUAAGAGAUCACCGGACCCGCGAAGAAGUUCGAAAAGAGGGGCCCCACUAGUCACGCGCGCGCAUCAGUGUACGUCGCUCGCAGCGUCUUGGCUUUUGCCUCUGCUGUUUUGGGGUUUUGCGUGUCAUGUGCCACUCAGAGCCAGCGCUGGGCACAGGUGGUAGCUGUAGCCAACAGGCUGCAGGGUGUCGGUCCUCGGUUUCGCGAAGUUGGCGCCCCGCAGCGCAAGAGAUAGGCACUGCCGGGGUGUGUCUUACUUUGAUCACGCUGCCAACCUUCACCCAAUGCGUGAACACUCCACCAACGAACAACAACCACCGCAGGGAACAGAGGGAGCCUCCGCCGAGAACCCAACAAAAUGCGCCUCAUGCAAGUGGAACAGAAGACCGCAGCGCAACUCCACCCGGGAAAGCUUUCUGCGUGUUUGCUUCUGCUCCGCCAGUCCUGCGCUUCCCAUCAGGCGCCCGCCGUCAGCGCAGUAUGGGCGCGGGCUUCGACGACUUUGCAGGCCUCCGCGGUUCGUUGUCCCUUUUUAUGCCUCCAGCUCGAGGGGCUAACCUUGGGCCUUCUCAUGCGCAGCAAGGGGGCCCGCCCCGGCCUUGACAGUUCUCACCGUUGUCGGAAUUUCUUGACUUUUAGAACCGUGAACAGCCCCCGAGCUGGUUCGCCGUCUCUUGUCCGCUGCGGUUGCUUGUUUCUCAUGUUGCGCAAUCAUUUCGCGCGACUUCGAUCGGGUUGGCUUUGACCUUUGUCGGCUUUAUUAGGCGCGCGCUUUUCAUUUUCGGCGGCUCCUGCUCCUGUCGGAAAUUUCGACAGGGUGACAGGACAGGCGGGGCUGGGACACUGGUCGCCGUCGACCGCUGGGGGCCUCCUCGUCCCGUGCGUAAAUUGUCAAACCAUGGCGCGCGUUCUUAGCGUUUCCAGAUGUGUGAAUGGCAUGCGCAUCAAAUUGAAGGCGGCCGCUUUGGGGGCAAUGAAAUCCCAGCGGAGGAGGCCGGUCACAGUGACGAGGCUGGUCGCGGUGAUGAGGUCGGUCACAUUGAUGAGGUCGGUCACAUUGGGGAGGUCGGUCACAGCGAGGAGGCUGGUCGCAGUGAGGAGGCUGGCCACAGUGGGCGCCGCCAUGAGAGGAGGCACGUCGGUCACGGUGAGGAGGUCGGUCAUGGUGAGGAGGUCGGUCACGGUGGGGAGGUCGGCCACAGUGAGGAGGCUGGUCACAGUAAGGAGGUCGGUCACAGUGAGGAGGUCGGUCACAGUGAGGAGGCCGGUCACAGUGAGGGGCCCGGUCAUAGUGCAACCAUGAGAGGGGAGAGGACUGAGGGCCCUGGGUGGUAUGGUUUCGGUGAUGGGCUUUUGACUGGAGUAGUGCCGUCUGUAGUCGGUGAGGGCUUUCGCUCUGUCUUUCUUAGUGCUUAGCCCACAGACAGGCUUGCGCCUCUGUGCUCCCCCGCCCCGGUCCCGUCUCUUCUCGUUUAUUUUCUGCCGCAGUGCGUUCAGAACCAUGGCCCGCCACCAUCUGCAUCAGCUGCAAGACUUACAAGCCACCCCGCAAAUGUUGACGCGGGCCCCAGCCAAUGAGACUAGGCUAGAGACUAUCCAUUCCAGAAAAAGCUACGAAGGUGAAAAAUUCACGGCACGGGUUACGCCAAGGAAAUACACAGACACGACAGAGACUGACUGCAGCAAACAGAAAAGCUGGCUACCCACUCGGCUGAAGCAGUAAGCAGCAGCAAAACAGAGCCGCACGACUUGACUCACCUCAGCCACAUCGAUCCUUCCCGCUCAAACAGAUUCCAAAACCACCCCGAGCGGCGCAGCGCCGGGCGUCUUACUAUCUUCUUUCGCUCUCGCGUGUGCUCUCUCUCUCGUGCCUCCUCCUCGCGCUCUUCUCAAUUCGGUCGCCGCUGCUGAACAAGACCCACACAGCAUGAAGCCUGGCACCCUCUGCCCGCUACAUUCUUCAAUAGUAGCGGCCAAAACGCCCCCAGGGGUUACGUCUAAAACUUCACGGGCCGGGUUCGGUGAUUCGGUUUUUCAUUGCUGCGCUGUCUUUAGAGUCUCUCCAGACUCGCUGAAGCGGUCCAGUUGGAAAGUAAGGUGCUAGCUGUUACAUUUUUUGCCUUUUUUCCCCCUAUAGAAUCUAAAUAAAAUGGAACCGGCAGUGCCACUUUUCUCAUUUUUUCGACUAUGGAUCUUGCUACUUUUUUAAGAAAUUCACAGUAGCAAAAUAAGAGAAAUCCGAUGUAUGAAAUUUUUUCGAUUUCGGUGGAGAACACAACCAAAGAAUUUCCCACACUCUUGGCGAGAGGAGUUCCAGCUUCGCGCGUGAGGUGUGGACACAUUUCACAGGGCGUCAGUGCUUCUGUUUCUAUUCUUCACGACUGUGCUGCCGAUCGUGGUAGCAGUUGACUCAUUUACUCGCUAGAUGCUAAACUCCUGCAGGCGAAUUUUUUGCAGGGCGGGAUCUCCCAGGUUCGGACUUCACUUCAUUCUUCAUAUCAUUCGGUGAGCGAUUGGCUUGGAUUCCCUAAGGACAUUUAUUGUAUUCCACUUCCACUAUAUGUUGACUUGAACGAUCUUGAUGGGAAAAUCAAAAUACGCGAUGGGAUGCACCUCAGGCCCCAACUGAAGUAUGAACUAGAUUGAUUUGCAAGAACGAUAGAAGUAAAAAGCAAAGGUCAACCACUCUCUUCAGCUUUGAGCGAACUCCUCUGCUCUCCACUGCGUUCGCAUUUAGAUUACUAUCGUAUCACUGAAUGGAUGAGCAGCAGAGCACGCGCAGGGCAGUCUUGUGCUACCUUGUGUCAACAUAAGAUAGCCCGCGUGGACUGCGCUGCGCAGGAUUAGAUAGACCGAUGUGCGCGGCUAGAGAGGAGGGGACCCAGGUGAGGCAACGCAGGUGAAGUGUUCGAGCAGGCGUAGGGGUAGGAGUGAAGCAUCGACGGCGUGACGCUUUGAAAUCGGUCUCGCAUCUGAAGAUAUCAAGAUCAGAUGCACAACACAGCACAGCGAUGCGAAGUGAGAGAAGUGAAGAGAGAGGAGACGAAAGAAAAACGAAAACAAAUCCAAAUGGGCAACCACAAGCAUGAGCAAUGUAGAAGGACUGAAGGGAGAGGGACUCGAGUUCGACUUCGAUGGCGAUCGUCUUGUAAUCGAUUUUUUUGAUACAAGGAAACCGAGGAGGGACAGGAGUGGGAGAGAGACUUCCCAACCAGACACGCAAAAAGGAAAAGGUCGAGAGAUAGAAGAACGGGGAAGGAUCGGCUUUGACUACACGCGCGAGAGCUAGAAGGGCAGGAGGUCCAGCGAAAAGCAUACGAAAGGGAAAAAGUUUGAAUAACUAUAACAGUGAGCCACUGACAUAGGAUAGCCAUAAGUCUCGUCUGUGAUUGUAUUUGUAUCACAUCGAGAAGACAGUAGCGGGAAGACAAGGGGAUGGGAUAGGAGGGCCAAUAACACCAGCAGGGCCGUGCCGUCUCUGGUUUCUUGUAGUAUAGAUUUAUCUUUAGAUUAGUUUAUGGCGAUUAUGGCGACACGGGAGGAGAUGGAGGUCCUUCCUCACUUCAAUCACCCAAGGAAGAGGAGCGUGACAAUCAACGAUCCGAAGGUUGGACAACAGAGAAUCCGAAGCGCCAGCCGCUCUCUCCAUCUGCACCUCGUCGCACGGUCCCACUCUUAUUCUUUUCUCGUUGCUUUCCUUUCCUCUCGCUCUUUUUCUUCAUCGUCAGGCAGGGUAAGCAAACCGAGCUGACCACAGAGAAACCAAAGCUCGACCAUCUUGAGUCCAAGUAUUGUAUCCUGAGAGUGAAACUGAUCAACAAAACGAAUGAAAAUGGAAAAGACAAGACGAAGACAGAUCUCCUACUCGAGGGAAGUUGCAGGACUCUGGCACAUCUUCCGUCUGCUCGAUCCUCAGCUAUUAUACAUCUUUCAUCCUCCGAGUCGACGGAUCGAAGCCAUGCACUCAUCACUCUGCGCCCUCACCCGUCUUUUCUUCGAAGCUGCUUUCGACGUCCGUCUCUCCCUCUCUACUCUCUAUUUUCCAUUUCCUCGAGCAAGCAGCCAGCUGCCAUCUCCGACGCCGGAGACAAAAGAAGAAGUCUCGAUGGCGAGACGGUCGCGAAUCAAUUUCACGCACGGUUUCUUUUGCAUUUUAGAUGGUGAAACUAUGUCGCGCUACUCUACUGCUCGAAACAAGACACGUCUGCAAAAGCGCAGUCGCGGCGUCAACGUCGAUAAGUCUUUUGUAGUCUUGCUCAUGUGCCCUGAAUGUGCAGGAGCACGAGCUGUGAGUACUGCGCGAUGCUCUUCUUCCACCCCUCCCCCGGUAGAAAGAAUCGAACGCCUUAGCUACCCUAGCGUCCUGCAUUGGUUUCAUUAGAUCAAGUCUACUACUAGUGAUAGAUGAAGACGAUCGCCAAGACGAGUAGGCUUAGACUCAGCUGUAGCAUGUGCCCCGUGAUUCUCUUGGUCGACAUUACAUAAGAUGAGACUCCUCCCGAUCCCAAAAGACGAGCCUAGCUGCCGUUGAAGUAAAUAGGUCAUCAGAUCACAAGUGCGAUAUAUAACCUCGCUCGCCCUGUCAAGAGGACCGAGUUCACAUUUGGCCUGUGCCCGUAGUUCUCUAUCGUCUUUUUAUCAUGUAACUUUUUUUCAGAUGUAGUGCUCAAGUUUCUCAUGUGCUUACUUCUACUGUCCUACACUGCUUGUUACAACUUCGUCCCUUAUAUAUCUAUGCUCAUCGCAAUCGUUUCGUUCGUAUUAAUUAAAGUUCCCCUCUUUUCAGUUGUGGGAUGUGGUUGCGUUGCAUUUCCUCGCCCUAAGAUGUAGCUGAGCUGCCGUGCCUUCCCUUCGUCAUAGUUAUAAUCCGAAGGGAGGGCUGGGCCGGACGGUAUUGGAUAUACACGGACAACCGCCCGGCGACGUUGAACGAUGACGGGACGCCGCACAGUCCUCUAGUGUAGUUGUCAGUAGCUAUUUCUUGAAUUAAUCAGUGCAGUAGUCUUCACUUCUCAUCUCCUCACGCGAUGUAUCACGAGCGGAGUUGUUAGCGCCAGUAUAUCGUAGUAACCUGCUGCAUCUGGCGACAGGAUGGGAAGCCAUCAGAUUUAUUUUGUAUCUCAUAUGUAGACCAGUUUCGUAAUUUUUUACCUCUUGUAUAAAUCCUUUCUAUUUUUUUAGGAAGAUGCAUAAUUCAAACAGACAUAAUCCACCUCCCCGCUGGCAAGUGCUAGAGCUUCAUCCUCCCGCAUCUGAAGCAAUAAGCAGUAGCCUUCAGCAAGCUGCACCCUUAUGCUAUCCUUGGUCUAGCUCUAAGUAAACUACAUCAUACGACGAAACUUGCGCCCAACCUACUACCUGCGCCUCCUAUACUCUAGGCCUAGCGUUCGCGUUCAACUCUCUUGCUAUUCGUAACGAGUUAGUUUAUAAACGCGACGUGAUAACUUCUAGUCCAGUCCGCUUCGUUUUCUAGUGGGUGUCAGCAGCUUUUAGAAUAUGGAUUGGGACGACGUCUGCUAGUUCUCAUUUUCUGGCGAAAUAAGUCCUGACCUGUUUCAUAAUCAAAUCUAACCGCGUAGAUAGAUUCUAGAGCUAGUCGAAGGACUUCAAGUUCUGACUAUUAGCUUCAGUUCAAUCAUAUUGUAGCUGUAUUGAGCAUGCAGCUUCUUACUUUUCAAAGAAAUAAUAAGUAUCAAGUAUGUAGGUCUUGACUCUUUUUUUCAUGUGCUUCUUCAUCGGUUGUAGUUAUGUUAUAAAAUAAUUAUUAUAUUCGUUGCAGGGCUGCCUAUCUCGUCUACUAUUGAAAAAGAUUCAGGCUCUUUUCACAGUAGAAGAGAGAUCAGGCGUGUGUUGUGGUCAAGUAGUUUCAGCCCCAACGCACAGAGACGCAGGGACUGGCAAGAUUGUACAUGUGAGGCACUGCACGAAGCAGCAAAGAGAGUAGACUCCUGCCAGCUAUAUGCGACCAAUCUCGAAGAAAGUAGAAAGAUCAAAGCUGAAGAAGCUCUCAAGCUUAUCCCCAUUUAUUCAAUAAGAAAAGCUUCAAUUUCCAUUUGAAGACGAUCUCACAAGACUAGACACCAUUGCUAUGAUGCGUUGCCCCUCAACCCGUCUUCUGACUUGUUUUCAAGCCUCCUGCUUAGUGCAUUCGCGUCUUCUUCGGCUUCGGGCCUUGGCUUUCCUGGGCGGUGGAGGCCAUGCUUGCAGCCGACAUGUGCGCCUGCUUCUCGAGCGACAAGCGAAGCGGCUCGUUGUAUUGCCACAUUCCCUCGCCCACGCAGCUUCUGAUCUCUUCCUUCAAAGCGUUAAAGGCCGCAACAGAUUCGCACGCUUUCAGCGUCUGUUUUACAGGUGAGGGGACGACUAAUGAGUACUAGGAAAGUGCAGCAAGACAGAGUGACUUCAAUAACGUCGGUGAGAUCUUGCCCAUCGUGGACGAAGAAGGGAAAUCGGUACACGGAUUCACUCUGUGGAUGAUGUUGCAACUCGUCUAGUACAAUAGAAAAGCAUCUCUUCGCAUGUAUAUAAUAUGUCCUCUAUUGCCUUGGUUUUCAUCUUCGUGAUCUGUUCACCUUCCACCAGGGUGAAAAUGGACUCUCUCAUCUUCGUCGACGUGUUUCUCAUGCGUGUCAUAUCCCUGCGCUGGGAGUCCGUCAGAGUGUCCAUUCUCAGGCACCGCACCACUGCCAUCUCGAAGGUAGAGAAAUGACGGAAAGAAGCACCACAACCGUUAACGCGAGCGGCUUCACCAUCAGCAGCAGACAGGAUCGUCUUCGUGGCAUCUGUAUGAUGUGUUCAGUUAGGAAAUCGGAGUAGGUGUGACGAGAUCGGCCUACAGGUUUAGUGAGUAACUUCUGGGGUGGUCCUCUUCUCAUCUGAUCACGGUUAAGGUUACACUACUACCAUCCGAGAAGUCUAGCCAAAAACAUAAUAGCACCAGAAAACGCCUCGGACAUCAACUGCAUGACUCCGAAGCGGUGAGUCGCGUGAUCCAUUUGCUUGCUGGCCAAAACGUGCUCCUUGUUCGACACAGAUUCUCCAUUCUUUUCGGGCAGAGCAAGUUGAUGAGGUUUCAGGGCAUCGAUGUCAUCCGUGUCGAUUUGCCUAAUGUAGUCGAAGUAGUCUGUGCAAGUAGAUAGCAGACAGGUGGAGUCUGGAGGAUCAUUGAAAUGAUACAGAUACUCAAAAACCAAAGUGGAUGAAGUCCUAAAUAAAACACAACGACUGCGCCGGUGCCGUACAUCAACAGGUCCUGCACUUCCGAGAGACGCUCGACUUUAGAUUAUCCAAGCAUCAUUGUAAACUAAUGUAGAUGCAUUCAGUACCGCCAAACUUCUUGUCACGGUAGCGCUUGGCGAUCUCUUUCAAGUCCUUGACACGGUCCGGAUGACUCUCCGGCUUCGCUUUCAACAACUUCACAACUUCAGACACCACAGCGCAGCAAUCGAGUGGCAACUUAGUCAGAAUCUUCGUGAUGAUGUUUUCAGCGCCUUUGGUGCGACAGCACUUGACUCCGUAGCGUACGAAAAUGAUGCUCAUCAAGUAUCGCCUGCAAAGUAUGAGAAAGCUUAAAUGGAUGAAACGAAUGAAAAAGACCAAAGUGGUCCUAUCUCUGUAUCUGCCAUUCGUGACUUCUAAAUCUAAACUCUAUCCGUAAGUUUUGAGUUUCUACGUUGGGGUUGGUUGUUUAGAAAUGGAAUGCUCAACGCAAUUGAAAGAAAGACUAUAGUCCUAUCAUAUCUAGACAAUUGAGUUAGUGCGUCGGGUCACUGUCAGGAGGGAGGUCGUGAAACGUAACCUCUGGAUUCAACUCCAAGUGGCAGACUCCGCGUUCCAUCAUCUCAGGAACAAGCUCCAGCUCGGAGCUAAUUUCGCACUCAGGGCACUUAGAGCGGACGCGGUCCAAGACCGAGGAGAUAAACGCGCCCUGGAUCUGUAGCGAUUUUUGAGGGAGAAGGAUCGAGAUCUUACACGUUAAUUACAGACUUCAAUGGGAAUCCAGGCUACAGAUGGAAUGAAAAGAAGAGACUUGCUGCGACUUUGAGCUGUCUUGCUCUUACUGUGUAUACGCGUAUUGUUCAACAAUUUAGAUACUCAACGCGGACUGCCCAGUCAAAUCAAGUCUAAGAAUAGUACGAAGCCGAACAAACCCAGGCCCUCGCGAACGACUUGAGAAAAAGCCUCCAGAUCGCUUGUGUCGAAGUGUAGCUCCUUAGCCUCGGGAAUUUCUGGGACAGCUUCCUCCUCUUGUUCGUCAUCAGAAUCAUCUCCAGAAGUCGGCUUAGAAGACUUCAGAUUCGUACUCUCGUCGCUCGUGCGCUCUUCUUGCGUCUCCUUCUGGUCAUUGCGCAACAUGUCUGCGUAAUGGCCAGCGUGACCCAUCGAGUCUCCAAGUUCGUAGCGUUUUCCAACGGUUGGGAAGACCGAGGUGCCAUCCAUGGGAUCAUCCAUCGGAAUCGGCGAUCGGGAGCAAUCGAUGUUGAUCUCGUUUGGUGUCACGCUGUUGGCGAAGAGGUUUGCCUUGACAGCCUCAGCACGGCUAACCAGGCGCGACGCUUCGUUCACAUUCAGAUUGACUUUCUUGUCCUUGUUGAUGUUUUGGAGUUGCACCUUGAUCAUAUCUUUGUUGUAGUCAUUCCAUUCCGGGCCGCCAGAGUAUGGCUUGGCGUAGCAGAUCUUGUUGCGCUCUUCCUCCGUGAUCUUGCCGAUGCGGUGCUGCUCUUCCGUCAGAGCGAUGUUUACGCGAAUCUUGAUGCGUUCUUCCCACUCGCGUGCGACCUUACCGACCCAGUGGCUGGUGUCCUUCGACUCCUCUUCGACGAGCAGAGCGUUGUACUCGUUUUCCAUGUCCACCUCACGAACCUGCUCGGGAUCACGACCGGACUUCAUUGCGUUGGAUCUGCGCUUCUCCAUGAUGCCGUCCUUGAUCUUCUGCGCUUUCUCAUAGACAAGAAAGGCACGCUCCUCGUGUGACUCAGCCAUGUGGUUGUUAACCUCGGCCGGGCGAAUCUGCUCGGUGUUGAGGUGGAUCCACUUAUAGAGAGCCUUCUUGAAGGUUUCCUCAUCGGUGCCGCCAAAUUGAUACGCAUGAUCCACACGGAAACGGCUGUUGCUCGACAUGUCCUGAAACGCCUUCAGAGCAUCCGAGUCCUGGCUCGCCGGCUUCCUUGGCGUCGCCAGCAGGACCUCCUUGUUCUCAGCAUCUUCAACGGCUUCACCAUCUUGAGCGGUACCAUUUUCCUCCAACGCCUCGGUCUUGACCUUGAUCUUCUUCUCUUGUUCCUCCUUCUCGUAGACACAGCGCUGCAGGAUGCUGCACAAACCAGGAUGAAGCUUAUGAGAGUAGUUGGCGCUUGUGUUCUUGUUUUCUUCACCGUUGAUCAGCUGCGCCGAGUAGUCGAAAGCCGCCUCCAUGAACGCGAUCUGAUCCUUCUGGUAGUCCUUGAUAUCUUGGUCUUCUGGUACACCGGGAGAACGUGGGGUGGAGCACGAUUCUCCUUAGCAGCUUGCGCCUCCUCCUGCAUGCGUGCGCGCUCCACGCGCUGCUGUUCCUCGAAGUACAACUUCUUCGCCGCUUCGCCGGGCGCUUGACUCAUAGAGGGAUACCUGGUGUGGGGUGGUGCGAGUCAAUUCAUUGAAGUCAAGAUGUGUCGGAAGUCAGAACCUUCAAGAAGCUCCAAGCAUAAUAUAAGAAGACGCUAGUGAAAUCUGUUACCUCAUUCGGUAGAGGCUUCCUAUGAAGCGCGUCGGUGUUGCGUAUCAGUCAUCUGUCCAAAACACGACAAAGAGUAGAGUAGAGUACUUGAAAUAGCCGAAGGUAUGCAAUUUGCGAUCGGCGUCGUUCUUGAAAACGUCAAGGCCCUCCUGCUCGAACAAGUACAUGGCUGCCUCGCGUUUGAUGAGAUUCUUGCGGAAGACUUCGCGGUGGCGAGGAAUUGCUCCACGAAGCGGCUUCAUCUGUGGGCCCAUCAAGUUCUGGAUCUCCUCGUUGCACUGGCCCAAUCCCUUAGAAAUGCGAUUAAACAUCUCUUUCGGUGCAUCUUGUGCUUCUCGUAUGUACCCAACAGCCAUUCCUUGACGUUCAGAGUGGAGUCAAAACCGAAGAAAAUCCAGUCACAGACGUCCUCGUUAUCGAUAAGCCAGUCAGUGACCUCAUCCAAGUCCUCCAUCAGCUUGAAUAGACCAGCCAAAAGCGUGACGCGCCAUCCAGUGACCGUCUCGCUCCAGCAGAAAUUAGAGCGGGAUAAACAUGUCAAAAGCGCAGAAAUUUAUGGACUGCCCGAAAUAACAACAGAUAAGAUAAAGGAAAUGAACUAGCAGGCAGUUUGCACUUGCGUGCUGCUCUACGUUAGAGGUGAUCAUGGCCUCAAUGGGAUACGUUGCGCCAGUAUGUGCCAGCUGCGCGGUGUUGAGGUUCUGCAAUCUGUCCAAGCAAGAACGGCAACGGUCGAGGCGGCCUUUCUUCGCCUGGGACGAAGAAUACUCGAGUGCAGUUCCGACGUCGCCGCUGAAGCUCGUCAGCUCGUCGCAGGUAAUCGGCUCCAAGGUGGCACACUCGGUCAGGUAGUCCAGCAACGAGUCGCGCUUGGAGAUGUUCUGAAUCUGCUUGGCCAUCUCGCGGGUGGCUUUGGCUGUUAUGGCAUGACUAUGAUGGGUUUGGGUGGGAGUGAGUGUCAGUAUUCCCGAAGACGUAUAUCCUCUUCUAUUGCGAUGCUGUUGCUAGAUAGUGAGUUUAUAACUGUUCAGCGAUGGAUCGUCCUUAGGAAGCAACACCCAUAGAGUUAGGGAAGACAUAGAAACUGCGUUAGUAUGAAUAUACCAUAUAAAUUCUUGUCAUUGGCCUUCUUCUGACGGAGUUGAUCAAAAUCCGUAUGGUUCGCAAUCUGGGACACCAUGGACUGCAAAUCGAUGCCAUCAGUGAAGCGCUCGAUCUCCAAGAUUUUCCAUAGACUUUCAACUUUCUUCAGUUGUGCAGCUCCAGCGUUGAUCAGUGGAUCCUGGCAAACCUGUGAGAUUCCAGUAGGGGAAGUUCAAUUCAACCGCUCUGGUCUAUGCUAGUACUGAGCCCAUAUGAGAAGGAGAAGCCGGAUCACAUCAUCCAGAUUCGCAGGUAGAUGCUCGGCCUAUAUCUAUAAGACUUAGCGCAGCGCCAUCAUAUACGCACGAGCUGUGUCGGAGGUCGCUCCACAUAGUGACGCUCUAUCGAGCUACUUGCGACAUCUGCUAACAGUCCCAGUAGCAGUAUUGUGGACUCAGUAUACUAAACUAUACACAUACUAUUCAGAGUUAAGUAUACGACGAAUUUUAUCCCAACACAAACAGAACCAGAGGUCUCAUCACUCUGGCUUGUGGAGGGGGAAAAGCCUUGUGGCCGAGGUCGACAAGUAAGGUGAGACUGCCAGCACUAAGAGCCAACGUAGAAGAAAUGGCAUAGGUGUGCGAAGAUCUUAUAAUACUUAGUACCUGUUUGGCCCAUUCUGGAGCAGAUUUAACUUUACGCCGUGCGGCAUUCUGUGCCCCGACGGGGCCAGCGCGAUUGUCCUCACUAUCGGACAUCUUCUUGAUCUCCAGAGGCGUGUGAGUGAAAGUGUAGUAGUUGUUGUUUAGUAGUGUCAAGGUAAAUAAAAACUUUUGCUUGAGAAUUGUGAAAGAGGUCGCUGAGGCCCGCCUUUGUCUAUCUCCUAUAGGAAUUGGCGCAAGAGAGAAGUCCGUAAGUCAAUUUCUUCAAUGCAGCAGACUCGAAGUCCUUUGACUUUACUUUUAAUGAGACAAAGGCUCCAGCUUACUUAUCUAAUUUUAGUCGUGGGAACGAACUUAGGAGAAGUGUGGGUUUCUAGGACGCAGACUCGUGAUGAGAAGGUGUCCAGUAUCAGUAGCUCGAUUCUCCUGCAUGAUGCUGGCAAAUGGCCCGAUCUGAUUCGAACGCAAAAAAAAGAUGUCUAUUUAACCUGCCCCGACGCCUUCUUUGAGAAAGAUCACAGCUGCGCUAUCGACAGCAAGAAAAAACAACAGAAUGAGAACAGGGCCAGCAUCUUCUUCCUUCUACCUCCUGAGAUCACAGUGUUGAUCGAAGGAGACCAAGAUGAAAAAAGAGGCCAGGAUCGACUCUUCCUUUUCUAUCCAAAAAAGCACUCAGGUGAACUUGAUCGAUGGAGUGGACCUGCUGAAGACAACGACUCGGACGACCCAUCGGAAAAAACGGCGCAAGAUCAUCAGACCCGCCUUGAAGAACAAUCGCGAGACCAUGCGCAACAAGAUCUACGGACCUGCCAGGAACGCUGAACACUCACGACGCUGAUCUUGUACCGUUGAGCAAGCAGCUGCGGCCCGUAUUCUGUGACACCUGGAGCCUGGAUCUGCUUCCUUCGUCUUUCGCCCUUACAGCCUCAGGGCUUCAAGUUCAAUCACAGUACAAGACUGACACAAGAAAUCUGCGAUGUUCAGGGCUUAUCUGUGCAAGUGCGUCGGUUGUCUUGUCAGCUUCUAGGCAUCUAGCCUCUAGUUCAUAUUGAGUCUUCUUUCUUUGAUUCUGUCCCAUGCCAGUGGCCUCUACUUUAAGAUGAGGACUCCCCAGAAACAUCUACACUACGAUCCCGGAGCCGGUGAAGUCACCCGCUCAGUGUCUAUGCGGACAGUAACGCUAUACCAGAAUCAAUGCCCACAUCUCUUCAGGUCAUAUACAACUAGAUUAGUACGCAUAUCCAUGAGUUUCCCUGUCUAUUAAAUAAAUUAAUGCCUGUGAAAAACAAGUUCAGAAGUUUGAAGCUGUGUGAUGUAUGGACUUCUUUUGUGAAUGGUCCAUCUCUUGAUUCCCUGGCAAGGUCUGAGCCGAAAAGAGACCCUCCAGGCGAGCUUAAACACGACUAGGCUACCGCUUCGAGCCUCAAUGUAUACACGACUCUAAAUCAAUGCCAAUAGACUGACUCGACGCCAGAGCUGACGCUUACUUGUCCCCUAGAUCAUAUCCUUAUGGGUGUUCGAAGAAACUAGACGGUCUCUAUGAUGCUUCCCAGGCUAUUGCUUUGCGCCUAUGCAAAUCCCCUAUGACGACCAUUCCGGGCGCGAAGCUCUUUCCUAUGCGCCCUUUACUUGCUUCCCCCACCAUUGUGCUGGUUUCCGGGAGGCUUCCAAGUGACACUAUAAAAUGGUCUAUAAGGUGGCUUAUAAAAUGGAUACAUGACAGGAGCAAUGUGGAUACUCCAGUACUGAUUAGCUAUUCUUAAUGCCAUUUUAUAAUGGACCCAAAACCUUCCGGAUUCUGGAGAUUUCUUGACAUUUUAGCAAAUUUGUUUACAGUUCUUUUGUCUUGCAUGUUGCUUACAGAAUGGCUGCAUGCCACCUACAGAAAAACAGUCCACAAUGUACAUAAGUUUCUAGUGUCUGGCACGUCUCGAAAUGAGUAGAGUGGCCACCUUAUAUCAGUCUAAUCGUCAGUCGUCAUCGACGCCUUCCCCUGGAUCAUCUUGGGCGUCUUCUUGGACAUCGUCGGAGUCUUCUUGUACUCCAAGCAUGUUGUUUACCAGGGCGGCACCAUCCUCAUCCGAGUCAGAUUCUGCAUCCUCGACGCCCAUGUCUUGGACGUUUGCAGAGCUGCCACUUCCAGCCCCUUUGUUCGUUUGUAUCACGGAGGACGAAGAAGACGAAGUCGAAGACGACGCUGCUCCAGUCCCGCUCGGUCCUGCGUUUACUGAUGUCUCAGGAGCUGCGUUUGCCUCUGGCUCCCCAUCUAGAACUUCUAGAGAGACCCACAGAAGGUCGCUCCGCCUCAGGCGCUUGACAUUCCCCUGCUUCUCCGACGCUGUAACUCCAAGUGCAACAAGUGCUUCAGCGUGUGGCUUGAUGUGCGCAGAAUAAUCAUCCUGAGUAGCUUUCUGCUCUUCAUAGGAUGGGGGACUUGUUCGCUGUCCUAAUUUCUUCCGAAAGUGAGUAGUGAUGUACGUCGCACGUGCUGCCCAGGCAUGAAGCCAAGCUGCUGCCCGAGCUGGUUCCAUAGUCGCAGCUGCUUUCUGAAGGCCAAGAUCUUGACGCUUCAAAAGGAAGAAAAGAUCCCGCCCAGCCUUCUUCCCUGCUCGUUUGUAUCGUGGCCAAAGGUCAGAAUUAUGGUCAGGCAGCAUGAAGUACCGGCGAUCGUCGUUGGUCAUGGUGAACAGCGGGACGGUAGAGCGACGCUUUGGACGUGUUUUCCGCGCGAUUUGUUUCAGCUCCCGCUUACCAGGUGGUGCGGCAGGGUCCUUAGGCGCAUCGUUCUUGGCGGGAGGCGAGAGCUUCUUUGCACUCGCUGCCUGACGUUUCUGCUUUGGCGAGUGGUUUUCAGCCAAAAGAUCAUCUUCUUGAUCUUCGUGCAGCUCUAGGAUCGGACUGAGCGCUUUUCCGAGAGAGCGAGAAGUAGGACUGAACCGGCGUUGCUUGCGAUCUUCUUCCCAGAUUUUCGCUUGUGCUGCACGCUUAUUUGCGUCUCCAGCUGAACGACUAGUACUACUAGUACUAGCGUCUUUCUUUCCCUUGGCCUUGCCUUUCCGGCUCUGUUUUCCACUUGCGUCAUCUUCAGCUGCUGCGUCAGCCUCUUCUUGCUUCCGCAUCUUCUUCACUGCCGCUUCAUCUGGAGCGUAGACCUGCUCGAGAACAAAGCGAAACGCACAUGGGUCGAUUGCUACAGACUUCGAAGUCGUGGUCGUAGUAGUCGCCAAGUCCGGGCAGGUACACCACAUGGAAUGAUCGGUCGUGCUUCGUGGACGUUCACCAAGUUAUACUUCGCCCCCAUGUCUUCGUUCGUGAUCCACGUCCCAGCGCUUUCAGGCGAAUCGUCGAGACGGUCCAUGGAGUUGCGGCCUGCGCCAACGGAUGAUCCACAGGCAAGGAGUGAAGAUAUGUCAAGAUCCAAUGGCGUCGAGGGGUAACCACGUCCGACGAGACCGUCGGUGCGCUUCAAUUGCAUCCCGCAGAAUCCCUUCAGUGCACCACCUAGAAAAAACGGAACGAAGAAGAAGUAGGUCGGCUGCGGCUCAAGGAUGGCACCGAUCUCACACACUUCGAGUACCGCUACUGGCUGCUUUAGAGCCGUGCUCAUACCGUCGAGCGAAAAGAAUGAUGCGAUCCCUGCUGCUGCUUGACGCUUUUUCACGUUGCUGCCCUCCUGCUUCUCUUUCUGCCCAACGGACUCGUCUUUCUUCGCUUUAGAUGUCUUUCCUGCAGGAGUCUUCAGCACUUCUUGAUUGGUCUGCGACUGCGUCUUCUGCUUAGCAGCGUCAGCACCUGUUGCAGGCUUAAACGCCUCGACUCGAACCGUAGACGCAGUUGUAGUACAAGUAGAAGCUCCAUCCACAUCGUGCUCGGUUUCAGCUUCUGUGGUACCAGAGUCGACGUCCGUUUCCACUUCUUCGGAAUCUUCUUCACCGUCAACGCCUCCUCCUGCUGCUUUCCCCUUGGUUGUAGGAGCAGAGCUUUUCUUUUUCCGCUUAGAAGCCUUCAGCUCUUCUUUCUUCGUUUUCACCUUGUCUUUUUCUUCGAGUGCAGUCUCUACAUGUGACGUGCUGCACUUCUUGCCACCGUACUGAACAUUGAAGGUGAGAAGUCGCGCGGUCGCUUCGACGUCUCGUUCAUCUAGCGGCGCAGUCAUCUGGAAUUGAUCGGGAGAGACUCUUCCGACAUGAAAGGAGCAAGGAUCGUAGCACUCGCGGAUAGCAGCAGCACGACUGAGCACUUUACCCGGGACGACACCACUCUGAUUGAUUUCGUUUGCAUUUAGCUCGUCCAGCGUCUCGCUCGUAUUCCUCAUCGCGGUUUCCACCAAAGCAGUCUGUGCCGCAUCGCGGACAGCGUCGUAGAAUGCAACUGUCGCCCGAGACUGAUUUUUUUCGAGCUUACGAACAGGAUCUCGAAGCCCCUGCUUCGCGGUUUCACGCUCCAUUCUGUUAUCCAUUUCACGCUGCUGGUUUUCAGAAGCUGCAAGCUCGGAUGCAUCUGCUACUUGUUUCCCCUCAUGCCGCUUCGCCCGAAGCAUGUCUUCAGCUCGUUUCUUUCGUUGUUUUGCGAUGUUCGCCCCAGUUGCUGCGCGGAUAUCUCGAACGACUUGUCGCUUAUCUACGUCUGCGCGCUUGUAAGCUCCAGAAACGACUGAGCAGUUCGUUGGCGCCGUCAGAAGCUCCAAUCCUCCUGGAGUGCCCGAGCAUGCUCUCUGUGUGAUGGCGUGACGGCUUUCGACUCGCAAGUUGGUACGCGGAGAGAGUCGCCAUACUUCAAGCGCCCGUCGCACAACGCCCGGCCUCGCACGAGGAUACUUGGUUCUCAACAAAGCGUGUAGCAUUCGAAGGCCGGCCGGCUUUCGUUUUCGGCAACGAGGGCGCGCUCCUCUCGUGAAUCGAUCGCAGAAAUCUCGUUCCUCCGCAUAGCUGCCCAGACUCGCAAAAGUGCGGAAAAAGGUCUCUUCUUCGUCUUCAGUACACAACCGCCAAUGCAUCUGACACAGAUAUGAAAGAAGACUGAUCAAGAGGGUGACCAGAACCAUUGCUGCCCGGUCUGGAUGCUUUUCCGCGUAUGGGUGCAUGAUUGUUUGCAUGUAGAAGUCGUAAGCCUGCAGCGUAGUUCGGCAUGCGUCUAUGACUUUCUUGUACAUCCACACUCGAGAAAUAGAACCACACCUCUGCAGGGAGAGUGUCAGUCUAUCGGAUGGCAUACUAAGUAUGCCGACCGCCCCCAGCAUUAUCGUGAACUCCUCGCCCGUGUGGCGGCAUCGAAGCCAGACGUUUUUUCCGCAGUGUAACUUCUUCAGUGACUUCAUGACUUGCGGCAGCAGCAGGUUGAUCGCCACUAAAUUCCUGCAUGCGGUGCCAACUGUUCCGAACCUUCCCAACAUCGGGCAUCCGACUGCUGCAAGCAUUGCCACAGAUGCUGCAAGUGGUACUGGGCCCUCAGGCAUCGCGGACGCAGUAGUAGCAUCCCCACUAGCAGAUGGAUCUAGUUGCCCGUCCACUGAAGGAGCUGCAGUUGGAUCAUCGGAAAAUAGAUCGCCAGUCUCAUGCAGUUGGAGAUCUCCACUCUCAACGCCUGCGCCAUCAGAUAUGCCGCUGCUUCUUUCUACUGCCCGACUGCGUGACUUGUGCGCUUUCUUGUAAUUCUUCGCAUUGCUCACUCCUGUCUUUGCUGCAGGUACUGCCUCUAUUGCUCUGCGCAGAUCCUCCUCGCUACAAUGCGUCAUGCACUCAACGAACGUCCGCAGAGCCUUUGCUCUUGGAUUUGCUCUCUCCUCGUCGCGAUCUGCUUCGAGGAGCCUAUCUGUGAACAUCGACACGCAUGCAGCAACCUCAAGAGGAAGAUCUUGGAGUAUAUGCAAAUAUUUCCGAGUCUUGAAGAACCUCUCCAAAUCAGGUUGAAUCCUGCCUAUCCCCUUCGCAUGCCUCCGACAAACGGUCAAAAACUUCUCCGCGUCUACUCCGAGGUAGUGAGACAGCAAGUAAAACGAAUGCUUGAAAGAUGAACUAUUCAAGUGUUCGCAACACUGGUCCACGCAAAGGUAAAUGCCGGCGUCCUCUCUCAUGUCGCCAGCCAUAUCCUCCUCCGCUGUAAUUGCGUCCUGUAGUAGUAUGCAUAUAUGAUAAAAUAAGUAGUUGCAACAACAAGCAGGAUAGGGCGACGCUUUAUCUAGUAUGCAAAUAACAAGAAAGAGAAUAGACAAGAUGUCAGUCAGGCAAUUGAAGCACUUGAAGGAGAGACCAUACAGCCAGCAGCAAGACUACUUGAACUCAAGAAAACAGAAGUAAACAAUUCUUCAUGUGUUAGAAGCAGGAAGCGUCGACGUCAACUCAAAAGCGUGAUCUUAUGUCUAGCACCUCUGUCGCAAGCGUCCAGUCGAACUGACGAAGCAUCUCUUCGCCAUCGUCUACAAGUUCGCUCGAUCCAAAUCCAGCAGAUUUCCCGUGCUCAUAGUAGUAUCGGAGCAUGAUUUCCCGCAGAAAAUGCCCACAAGUAAUGGCUCCGCCGUCAGUCGUAAACUGUAUCCCAUAAAACGCAUUGAAAUUUGCGAGAGGUGACUCUUCGGAUGGAAAUGGCAAGAGUUCAACAAGACGAAGAGCAGCACACCAGGCCUCCUUCCAGGAGGCCACGUUCAUCGAAUACCCACGCAUUCGCUCCACACUAUCCGUAGACGUGAUCAACACCGGGAUGGGUAAGCGAGCAUAUGGCUCUUUUGUUGCUUCUGGUGCAUGCUCGUCCUCAUCCGCCAUCUCUGGAUCAAAUACUUGCCCUAGAGCUUGUCUCUGUCCCUUCAAAGGCAUCCACAACUCGCCACAGCCGACAACGAGAUGACAGUUGUGGUCUCGAAGUCUGUUGUUCUUCCGUGAUUCAACUCCUUCCAUAUUCCUUACAUGGGUAUUCGUGCCAUCGACUUCGAAAUGCACGCGCGCCAGCUUGCCUUCAGUUUCUCGGAGGAAUUCACCACGGACAGCCAAUCGCGCUGCCCGAUCGAUCUGAAGCAGCUCAUCGUUUUCGAAGUGCUGCCGCUUCCCACGAAAAUACAGGCCCAGCGGGCGACUCUUGCUCGCUUCCAUCUGCUCACGCCGUGAAGCACCCUGUGCGCCUGCGCCUGACGUCGAACCGCUGCCAAGGAAAUCCGACCCGUCGACACUGGCACUAAAUGACGCAGCAGCAGGAGGAUCAAGCUGCAUAGAAAACCCGAGGCCGCUUGGAUUCAGCUUGUGUUGCUGCUGCUGUGCCCUAUGCUGGGACCUUGCAAUCACCAUGAACGGAUGUAGGGUAUCUAUUCGCGCCCUUGUUUUUCUUUGACGCUUGCUUCUUAACAGCCUUAAGCAUGUUAUCAUGCUGCGCACUAAGAUUCUGCUGCGAUGAUUGAGUCUUCGGCACUCCUGAUCUUCCGGCGAACGAGAACUCUGUAGAUGAGCAUGAAGAUGAUGACGAUGCAGCAGGAGUUGUCUUAGAUCCUUCCUGCUUGAUCUUCGUACUCUUAUUCCGCUUUCGACCUGUUGUCCCAUCGUUUUUCUCACUACCAGCGAGGCAGCUGGCUUUGAAGCGUAGCAUCGAACUGGACGCCAACCGCUCAGGUUCUUGUUGCAGCGACCCUUUCUUCUGAAAGAGCUUCCUCUGUUUGAUCGUCCUUCCCACUCCAUCUCCACCUGUGUCACCAUCCUCAUCAUUAGACGACUGCUUCUCUGCAAGACUUCGGUUCUUCAUGCGCAUUCGUUCUGCUAUUUCUUCCUUGUUCCUGAACGAGGCUGCUCGACGUUGUGCUAGAUCUACGGAGAGCGACCGCUGGUCCAGUCCUCUUUUGUUCUUGUUGGCUGCAGAGCGCAGCACCGUCUUCGCCCUCCGACGACCGAAAGCGUCGCACUCGACUUCGUUGUCCGACAUUGUUCUUGCUGUGUGUUUAUGCUGUGCUCUGAUAGGCUAAUAUAAUAUAUUCAGAUAGCAGAAGUGUCUGAAGUAAAUUACUGAAGAGAAUAAAUAUAGGUCGUGAUCUACAAUGCUAGUAGAUACAACUGCAAACCGAAACCUAACCAAGUCAAGCUCUUGCUUCUGAAGCUGAUACUGAAGACGAAGUGAUGCUCAGAACUCUACUCGAAUUAUGAGAAUGAAUCACAUAAAGGCUCAAUUAAACUGAACGUCCUUAGGCUUAGGCUGUGCAUUUGUUUGGAUAGCCUAAACCUAAAUGAAGAGAAAGUCUAAAUUUUGGGUGCUCCUCUAAUAGGCUCAACUCUUACCCUUCGAUAGGCUCCCGCCUUCUGGUCAUGAGUGUGGACCGACAUACUAGUAGUAGUACGAGAUGCCAGGUGGUAAAUGAUUUGAGACCAGAAGAAAGGAAGCCGUCCAAAGUCUGAAUUCAGUUAACAGCAAAACAGUGGUUAGAUUUGCAAACUACACUACCUACCUCCAUUGGACGUAGAUUAAAGUGCCGGGCAAUCCAAUGAGAGAAAUAACAAUGGGUGGCGAAGGAGCUGAAUCAUUGAAGAAAAAAUAAGUUCAAAUCAAUACUAAUAACUAAUAUGCAGACAAGACUCGCGAAGUCAUUGGUAGAGUUGAGAAAAACAGCGCAAGCUAUUUCCAUUACCUUCAGGAUUCAGGUGCAAAAUAUUGACUGGGUCCGUUAUGCCUUACUCGAAUUCUACAAAAAUGAAACGCAAGGGAAAGGGGGUCGGGAGUCGGACUACACUUUCGCCUGAGUUUGGGGGACACUCCCUACAUUCACCUCCUCAUGCUGAAUGGAUCUAGAUACAGAAAAGGAAACCGACUGACAGACUGACUCCUGGAGCUGGUUGCUAAUGCUAACUAUUGAAAGUGUGCUUGAGUAUACCAUACGAGAAUCUUCCUGCAUUGGAUACAGUGCAUAUACAUGCCAACUCCAAAAAGCGACAUGAUAAAAAACACCGAGCCAGCUGCCAUUUCCAUUUGUUUCGCUUUGCACGACACAGACGACGAAUCCGUUAUCUUUUGGCGAACCAUCUCUAUUCUCAUGAGCGAUUUGGCCGACCGCGCCAACGAUUUGAACAGCGACGCUGUGGGUGUGGCGAAUAGAAUACACUGUUUGGCACCUUGCUAUCGCUUCUUCGAACUCGCACUCAAGUCAGCACUCAUAUUGAACACUCUGGAUAAGAGCAGGAACAGACGCGGCCUUGCUUUGCUUACUCACAACAGACAAAAACAGAGUCGCCCUGUCCUGUGUCAGUGGGUCGACCAAUGAAAAAAAGAGAAAACCACAGUGACGAUCUUUUGCAACUCCUCUCACUCUGUAGGACUUAGUGCCUCGGGCUCCCAAGGCUCAAGACAAUAACAGAGAAGACCAGAGAAAACAAAUCGUGCUAUUGCUAUUACAGAAACGAAAGGCACAGACCAUGCUGAGUUGUUCUGCGAGGAUGGGGAUCUCUUCUGAGUGUUCUUCUCCGUCAGCUACUAACCAUUGCAAUUUCAGCUACCAGAACCACCUAAAAGGCCUUUACCGAUAAGAAGACCAAAUCAAUGAUACUCAUACUGACUCUCACUGUGAAAGCUGCAGGCGCAGCGCGGCCAGCUGAGGCGACGCGAGUUUCAACCAUGCCACGCUGCCGGAAGCCUGGCUUGAUCUCACUAUUCGGGAUUUCACAGCUACGCUCAUCCAUGUAGCAUCUCAGACUUCAUUUCGCUUUUCAUUUCUACUGUCAAGUAAACACAGGCUAACGCGUGAAACUGAAAGACUAAGAGGGAGGCUUCUCCUGUGAAUCGUGUAUGGGUUCGAUGUGAUUUGUGACGCCCCGGCCAUCAGGUCACUUCGUCAGCCACAACCCGCUCGACGACAUACAAAACCGCCCCAAUUAUAAAUAGACUCAUACUCAUAUCAGGAAUAUGAAGCAAGAUGGGAUCAGAUGAUAGACGAGCUGAAGUUGAACUACAUGAGACUUGGGUUGGCGAUGACAUACGAUCGAUUCGAUGGCCCCACAUGUACACUCUCACUUUCUAGUAUAGUUUUCUCAAUGUUUGGACUUCACUUUCUUGCUCUUGAAGCUUCAGCUCUUGUCUUCUUGACCGGGCGAUAGCUCCCGUUGCCGUCGCAGCUCUCUAUGCCAGGCCGCAGUCCAUCGUGGUUCGCUUCGUGCACUGCUAUAUCCUCGGGCAGCCAUAGAAUGUUGCUCCACUCCUGCCCAUGUGCUCGUGCGGAUGGGAUCAGGGUCCGCUCUGUAGAUAUUCCCUGCACCAUCUGCAACCCCCAGCCGCGACGCCGAUUCAAUUCUCGAUGAAGUAACUUCUAUCUUGUUAGAGAACAGAAAGAAGCGAUGAGGCGAGAUCCUGGCAGUGGGCUGGGACUGGGAAAUGUAGACUAGAGUAGACUAGAGCCAGCAUAAGACUACCAAUACACUUCGCUUCUAUUGCGCCAGUCUCACUGAGUUGAGACGAACCGAAGUAAAGACAACAUCUUCUCUGUGCUUGUGCAGGUCUUGCUCUAGUCUAUGUUGCGUUACCUAGGUCUUGAGGUUUGACGUUUGCUACUGAUAGCGCACAUGAACACAGAACAGCACUGAAAUCUGUAGGGCAAGUGCCAGAAGAAUAAGAUAAAAGACUUAGUCAUACUCAUAGCCUUAAAGCUUCGGCUCGGGUUUCUUUUCUACUCCUGCUCGUUGUAUACUAGAGGGCAGCCGAGGUCCGGGCGUAAGUCUAAAUGCCCGGUCGUGCUUGUCCUUGCAGGUCCUAUCGGAUUCUUUGUCUUGAAACCAUAACAACGUGCGAAGCUUGCCGUUGAUUUCCGUUUCCUCCAGUGUCAGCCCUCCCUUUGUCAGCACCAUGUUGAGGCGAGCUCUUUUCUAAUUUCAGGCGAGCCUGCUGCCUGAUCGAUACUUGACACAUCUAGAGCCGACUCUCCGGGAGCGAAGUCCUUCUCCCUGUGCUACUUUCGAAGCUGAAGAGACUAGUUGGUUGCCAGGCCAGUUCCUCUAAUCCUCUAUCUACCCCGCAGACGCGUCUCGUCCUCGUGCACAGCGUCGUGGCGGGCUCUAAUAGAAGCGACCUCAUACCCAUAUCCGUGACGAGAUGGAGACGAAGUCCUAGUGGUAGCUGUGCUGGUGCACAGUUUUCCGUGGUGUAUUCUGCUAGGCUACCCUGGCCUGCCGCAGGUCACGUUCGUAACAGGAGCACAAGUAAAAGAAAAAAAGAUUGCUCAUCUCAUGUUGUAGGACUAGGAUGCACUUGCGCUUGCACUAUGCGUCGCUGCGUAUCCAUAUGCUGUGCCCGCGCCGGUCUGACUGAUACGACUCAGGGCUGCACUUGAUUCCUUAUGCGCCAUCAGAUCGCGAUCGCGUCGGCUGUUGUUCUGUUGCUGUUUAUCGUAGCCGUAGCGCAUGCUUAUGCAGAUACAACGCUCCAGCUUCUAGAUCUCAUCACCAUCCCAGACCACCGCAGCACAAAUCCGUAUCCAAUCUGCAUUCGAUGUCGUGUCGGCCAAAGCUGAGCUUCAGCUCGGUUCCUACUUGAGUGCUCCUGCUCUGCACUCCAACUUCCUAGCCAAGCUCAAGGCCAACGCCGAUCCCGAUGAAGUGGCGCACUGUAAUCGUUGAUCUGUGCUGUCCUCGUCCCGUCCGGCGUCCGCUCCGUGGAGUGAGUUAGAGUCUGGGAUAGUUCUCAAAGAAUAACAAGAUGAGAUCCCUACGACAUCUCAGAUUAUCCUAUACUAUAUAGCUAUAACUUGAAAUGCAUUACAUACCUUAUCAUACGAUAAGGAUAUAUAAUAAACUAUGACUUACUUGACUUGAGGCACCGACGAGGACAGGCAAAACAAACCAAAGACACGACCAAGAGUGAAGACCUAGAAGUCGCAGAGCUAGAGAAAAUGCUAACACAUAUGGCCUACCCAUAGCCAUGCCAUAGGCAUUAGGCAUCCCAUUCCCAUCCCAUCACAAGCAAAACAGGCCCGGGCGAGAAUGCCUUUAGUUGGGACGAUAGUGAAAGAGGAAUAGGCGGCCCGUGUUCAAUAUAGAAAGACGCACAAGCCAAAGGAAAAAGAUGCCGUCACCAAUAUUUCAUAAAGUAAAGACAGCACAAGAUAACUUUGUAUCUUCAUGCCUUAAGGUUAAGAUAUAAAGAUCCCAUCGCGUCCAAGCUGCAUUUGCAACAUCCGCUGCCCAGCACCGCCCGCGCCUGCUUUCGAGCUUCAUAUCUUUCGCAUCGGAUGCACUGCAGAUGCACUGAAGAGCACAGGUAGAACUAGACGCCUGCACUUGAUUCCAGCUUAUGAGCUGACGAAGGGCCGCUGCAACGUCCGCAGUUCACAACGGGUAUGCGCCUCCUCAUGCGGGAAAGAAGAAGAACGAUAGUAAGAACCUCCCCCCAGCUGCUUGGGAAACAAUCGUCGGCCAAUCAGGCCAAGGAACCGACUGGCGAUAGGAUCAUACCGAUACAGGACAGAGGGGAACACAUAGGAUACUCCAGGGAGGCAACCGCUCGCCUCUUCUGCCAACGAGAAAACCCUCUGGGUCGAUAUUUGCUCCGGCUACAGCACAUCCCCAGAGAAGAAGAGCCUUACUGCUAAAGGCAGAGGCAACUACCCCACCACACCAUAAUCAAGAAGAAGCCGCCCACGGCAUUCUGCGUGUGUUUCUGGGCCCAACAGGAGGAACGAAGAGGCACUACCAGAGACAAGCUCGCCCAGGGGCAGAGUAGACCUCCUUUAGGAGGGUAAGGAAAACAGCGCCUGCUGGCUACAGGUGAAGCAGCUUAAGCGGAAUCCGGUUUCCAGUGGAGAAAAGAUUGACUUCAGGUGGCUGAAAAAGGAAAAAACAGGAUAAGGAGAACCGUUUUACUUAGAUUUUAUAGGGGGAAAAAAGGCAAAAAAUGUAACAGCUAGUACCUUUCCAAGGUCCAGCGUCAAGUGUGUGAGCACUUGACCUCCCAAGACGUUGACGCUGAUACUGAAAACAUUCCCCAGCGUCACAUGCUCACAUGCAAAGACUGAAAUGCCUGAGCAAGUGGGGAUAGACGGGCGGCACUGGCUCGCGGCCUCUAAGUAAUAACUCAUGACGAUUGACAUUAUUUUUGGAGACCGCCGCGACGAUGUGAAAGACGUGCGCGAAAUCUUUGCGAAAAGUUGCCGGGGCUGGUCUUCGUUGUCUCUUUGCUUGAAAGGCCAAACCAGGCGCCGAAGCGCCUGGCGCUGCUUUUCGUUUGUUCUGUGUUUCGUCGUUGGUGGCAGCCCCGGCGCUGGUUCGUUGUGGACCGCUCGCAUGCCGCUGGCAUCGGCGCCGCCCCGGGUGCAGGCGUGGCGCGGUUGUGUGAGCCCCCUGAAGCGUAGGACACCGGGGCGGAGGACAGGGGAAACGCAGGCGGGGGAGCAGUGUCACCAUAAGCCGGCGGCGGCCAUCUUUCCCCGCUUGAACACCUCCAGCGGCUUCCCGUCUCUUCUGUCACUUUAGAAAAAAAAAAAUCUUGGCGAAAAGUUCGCGAAAUCUUUGAAAAAUCUUCGCGGAAUCUUUCCGAAAAGAUAGACGCAUGAAGUUCCAACAUGGUCAAGACUUGUAAACUUUCCGCAAACAUUUCGCGAAGAUUCUGAAGUUUUCGUCUUCCAUGUUUUUUUGAUGAAGACAUGAAAAUGAACCGCCAAGAACAAACUCGCGACAAAUUGCAGCGGGAGCGCAUAAGACUCCGCGUCUUCUGUGUCUGCUUUGUGUGGUCUUUCUGUUUCUCUCUCCAGAGCUGUGCAGCCUUUUGGGCUGUGCAUUUGUUUGGGAAUUUGUCGGGCGGCUGCGUCGCAGGCUGGCUCGUUGGCUUGUGGUGCUCUCAGUGCAGUGACCGGGCUGGUCGUGUGUUGGUUCUGUCGGCUCUGCUUUCAGAGGCUUAGCAGACGCCGCGUGAAGUGGACAGGCGUGAAAGCGGCGCGCGUGAGCCCCGGCAACUUUUCGCCAAGAUUCUCCGCCGUCGGCAGUCUUCGGGCGCGGCGGUCUCCAAUUAUUUGGCGGAGAGGAGCAGGAGUCGGGGCUGAGCACUGAGCAGCAGCAGAACGCACGAGAACCAGGCCAGAGCUCUGGCCUCUGUUCCCGUCUCUUGACAUUGAUGGGCGUGACCAUUUUCAUCCCAUUCAGCGCUUGCCGCGGACGAAUCUCGAUAGCGCGCACAUUUGUGCUUAGACCAUCAGCGGGGGGGGAGUGGCUAUUCUUAAACUGGGCGCGUCGACUAAACUGGCUGCAAAGCUGCGAACUUGGUGCGCCACUGUCUUCAGAACGUGUCACGCCUGGCGCUGUGUUGCCUUGUUUGUCCGUGAGCUUCUGGAGGGACAAGCCCCGCAGGGGGAGGCCCUCAGCCCCAGCCGUGGCCAUCGGAUGAGGAUCCAAACAGGCUCGACACACUCCACAACGCUGGGACGGGUUUGCCCGUUCCGUUUCUGUCAUCACCAGGGUGGGCCCUCAUGGUGCCACCAAAUUGGUCCAAAAGGCGCCCGCACAGCUCUCCUGAUGAAUUCUCGGGCCCUUUCUCUAAAUCAGCCCCAUACGGAGGCUCCCAAGGGGCGCCACUGUUGAGAUCAUAUUUGAUAGAGCCAAGCCGAUAGCGGAGUUAAGAAGCAGACCCGUCAGAGAAAGGGGGAAACAUAGAAAGGGCCCGGCGCCCAGGGUGUUGGCGCCAGUUCUAAGACCGAGCCGAGCGCAGUCCAGGGGCUAAAUCUCAUUGCGACGUGCUCAGCUUCGUGAAGCCCUUCGACGUAGUUCAAUCAUUCAGCCCCGCCGCCCUUCAAUCACAUCAAUACCAAAGCCAUGGCUAUGGCACUGACUAGCUCCACUAACUAGACUCCAAAGCCAAACUAUCGACACUGAAAGACGAGGGGAGCGCCAGGCAGUAACCAACACGCCGGCGCGCGCUACGCUUUGACUUUGAGAGUAGGCGCAUCCACGUCGCUCGUUUUCCCUUGAAAUAACAACGACGGACGACACCAGAGCCAUAACUAUCCGCGGGGAAGAGCUGCAAAGGCUCCAAACCGAGGCCACUCCGCCCCAUUGUCUUCAACGCAUCCGCCACCCAAGAGCGCGGGCAGCUCUUCAACGUUUCCGCAGCAAUGAGAAGGGGCCACCCCUGAAAAAAAGGCACAGCCCACAGCGACGAGCCCCCAAAAGGCUAACCCCAAGCAAGACGGAAGCUACGCGUAUGCACUGCAAAGACUUCGGAGCUAGGCGACCCUUACCCAUAUAAAGCAAGAGGCCGACACGCCUGCCAGCACUGAAGGGCAGCGCGCGCGAAGCAUCUGGUCUGCGCAGUAGAUGGCUUGCGUCUGUCGCCGUCCUUGCUCUCACCAUCGAAGACAUAGACUGGAUUCACGAGGCUACGCGGAACCGCUACCGCCGUGGAGCUUGAGCUUUGCGCCAUUGUCUCUCUUUUGCUUUUCUACUUCUUUUCUGUUUUGAAAGAGCGAGGCGGCGACCUGGGCUGGAGGCAAAUCGAGCCCGCUGACGUCUCGCCAAGCCACUAGGCAGCUUCGGGAGGCGAAUCCGCUUGCUUCUCGCAGGGCCCCUACGUAGUAGGCAAGAGGCAAACUCGUCGACGCUGGCUGUCGCAAGUCCACUAGUAGCCAAGAGGCAAACCCGUCGGGGCCAGCUGUCGCAGCGCCACUUGUAAGGAAGAGGCAAACCUGUCGGAGCCGGCUGCCAUAAUCGACGCCACGAGUAGGGAAGAGGCAAACCCGUUGGCGCUGGCUGUCGCAAAGCCGCUAGUAGCUAAGAGGCACGCGUGGGCCUUUACGCUCAGGCCGGUGUGGAAGAUGCUCCCACUCUGCUUCUGUUGAUCUUGGGCUUUUGAACUAAUUACAUGCAGAGGCUUGCUGCCCAUUUUGUGAAAAAAGGCGCAACGUAGAGUGCGUUGCGCUGUGUGUAAUGUUGUAGAUGUUCACCGUUCCCGUUGUCACCUGUUACGUUUGUCCGCCAGAGUUGGCUCAGAUUCGGUUGCCAGCGGUUGCGAGCACUGAACCGAUAGAACUGAAGCUGACUGCCCUCCUCACGUAUGACGGGCCACGCGUUAGCGUGGGACUGACGUGAGCAACAGCGCGGAAGACUUUGCCCGGACAGGUUUUAUUUUGGAAGGGAGUGGGAGACAGCGCAGAACUUGCCAGCUUUGCUCUGCGUUUGUCGUAAGUGCUCACGUAUUGGGCCUCGCUUAAACCUGUGACCGUGCUCAAACCUAAGCGGGAGGCCGCUCGUCAUUGAUUUAGGUAGAUUCUCACUAUAAAAUGGGCAGUAGCGUCGUGCCGCCCCUUAGCGUUGCUUUUGUUGUUCUUCUAUGAGCUGCGCUAUGGAUGCUCACCGCCUUGGCUGUCUUUCGGCAUGCUUGUGCUGUUUCGCUCGUCUUGGUUGUGCUUUGUGCUUCUUAUUUUCUUGGUAGACUUCGACCACUCUCGACAGAACUAGGCUGGCAGCUUCAGCCGCAGAACUCUCUCAGCUCAGGGGCUCCUAAUUUCGAGGCAGUUCGAGCGGCUUCAAUUAAUCCAGCUCCGAAGCAAUUGACGCAGCGGCAGCUAAUGCAGAGCCACUUAGUGCCUCCUUUAAUUCAGAGGGACCUAACUCGCAGACGCUUGCCUUAGCUCAUUCAGGCGCAUCAAACUCCAAAGGCGCGCCAAUCAUCAACGAGCUCAGGGCCAGGCUGUAACGUAAAAACAACGAAGACACAGCGGAGCGGCUUACUUUCUGCCAGUUCUGAACACUGGCCACGGCGAUGGGCUGGCAGCUAGAGUAGACCCAGAUGGAGAACCGGGCGCGUGGGCUCCAGUUUAAGCCGCUGGCAAUUCUCUCGCACUUCUGGCCACAUUCGCGCGCCUCAUGUGAGUGAGAGUCUAGACUCAUCAAAAUCAAGCCCCUCCUGCCCGCUGUGGUGUGCUGCGCGACGCUUGAAAUUGAAUGCAGGCACCUCGUCCCCCCCUGAAGCUCUGGGCGUGACGCGGUGGGCGUCACGCGUCACGAAGCAGCUCUAUGGCGUUCAGGAAGUUCCACGGACCCGUCAACAGUCUGGGCGUUACAGUGCGCCGCCUCCUUUCUGGUUCGAUCGACAGCCUGGCGUCGGCGCGUGCAACUGCGUGCCACACAGCUUCCGCCGCGGUUUAGCCAUAACGAUCCGCAGCGCAAUUUCUUUCGCGGGGUUCUCCGCUGGCGCUCACAUCCCGCCAGUCGUCUGCCAGCGUAUGCCUGACACUUUCACAGGGGGGCCUACAAAUCUAUCAGGGUUGGCAGUAUUGGGAACAUUGGCAGAGCUGCCUGGCUGCUUUGCGCACGCUUUUGCACCUGCCGCAGCAGACCCGGCAGCACACUCGACAGCACAGGGUCGCGCUCAGUGGUGCCCUCUCUUACUUCGCUCACCCUUUUGUCUAUCUUCGCCGCAACUUUUCCAAACUGGAGGGCGCUUCUCUGCUCUUUUUUGCUUUCACCCUCUCCGAACAAACUCACCGGAGGCGUCUUCUUCUCUUGCACUAGGCUCGCCUUGUGCUCUCGAGCUCCUCCCCAUCCAGUGUUCGCGAGUCUCCGCCGUUCGCCUCACGUUUGGCGCCGCUUUUGGACUCGUGUUAGACCCGCUUUUGUCCGCUCCGUCGUCGGCUUUCUGCAGUCACCGCGCGGACGGAGCUGCAUCUUGGCACGUCUCCAGCGCGGCUGUUCGGCUCUCGGUCUUGCCUCUUCGGUCAAGGUCGGUCCCUCGUGCCACUGUGGUGAGGAGUCUCAGCCGUUUUCGGUAACUGAGUGGCGCCCCGUCGCUUUCUGUCGCUGCUGUUUCUAGUGAUGUAGCUGUGGCUCUCGUGCAUAUUAUGCGCUGGCGCUUUAGUUUCAGGAGAUGAGUAGAGAAAGUGGCCCCCGCUGGUCUGUCGGUUGGAUUUGUUUCUUCGCUCUCUUUUGAGAGUGUCGGCGUAGCGCGUUUUCUCGGGCCACCCAGGCUCCUCGCGAGCCGAUCGUCGCCCCGUCCUUGUCUUGGGGUUUGUGGGGACGUCGGUCUCUGUCCGCUCUGUAGUCAGCUUUCUGCAGUCAGCGCGAGGCGCUGUCUUCUGGCGCUUCUCCGGCGAGGCUGUUCGGCUCUCGGUCUUGCCCUUUCGGUCACUGUCGGGCCCUCGUCCCACUGUGAUGCGGAGUUCUCUCUGUCAUUGUCGGCAACUGAGUUGUGCCUCGUCGCCUUCUGUCGCUGCUGUUUCUAGUGUGGCUCUCAUGUAUAUCAUUGAUUCGGAAGAGGCUAGUCGGUGGAGGCACCAAAAAUGGGCGACGCAGCAGCGCGCCCCGCUUACUGCCGCAGAAAUGGCUGAGAAAAUCAAGGACGUUGACGAGGCAGCCACUAGAGUGAUUGCUUUUGUGGAGAAAAAGCUGGCAGAACAGCAAUAA